GAUAGUGUCGAAGUUCAAAGUUCAAAGUUCGAUAUCUCGGGGACGUUGACUCUGAGCAAAUCCGAGACUUGCGAUUGACGAUUGCAGCGGGCAACGCGCAUACCUGUCGUCGACAUGCAGCUGAAAGAUAAGGUCGUGUUCAUCACUGGAGGUGCACAGGGGUUCGGGAAGGCCGUGGCUGAAGCUGUGCUGAAGAAGGGUGCAAAGGUUUGUGUCGCUGAUGUCAAAGUGGACCAAGGGGAGGCAACUGCCAAGGAACUACAAGCUUCCAGUGGAGCAGACAAUGUCCUCUUUGUGAAAUGUGACGUGUCUGAUGCUUCUGUUUUUGAAGAUGCUUUCAAAGCUGCCGUCUCCAAAUUUGGUCACGUUGAUGUCAUGUGCAACAAUGCGGGCAUCAUGGAUGAACGAAUAUGGGAAAAACAGCUCGAAAUCAACAUCGGUGGCGUUGUGCGGGGGACCAUGAUGGCGCUGAAUCACAUGAGGAAGGAUAAAGGGGGUAGAGGCGGUGUCAUCAUCAAUACCGCUUCAACUGCAGGCUUUCUUCCUUUUCCGUGGGCUCCUACAUAUGCAGCCAGCAAGAGUGCUAUUUACCAUUUCACUGCGAGUUGGGCAGAAAACCCUGAUAUGAAGUCAGCUGAUGUUCGAAUGGUUAGUAUCUGCCCGCCGGGAGCUAAGACAGCUCUUCUGGAUUGUAUUGAAGAAAAGGUUAUAAACUACGAACAUUUCAAGCAGUUUAUAGAUCGUUAUGAGUUUUGCGGGGUAGACCAGGUGGUGGAGGAAUUCCUGCUGGCAAUGGAGGACGACACCAUCAACGGCACAGCCAUCACCAUCAAAGGCAAAGAAGGUGUGGAAAAGAUGAAGAUGACGUUGAUCCCCGCGGAGUAAUACCAAGAUAUAUACCACAUGAAAUAGUCCCAAGAAAAUACCCAUCAUACAAACAUUAAAAAUGCCCCUUUGUAGAUAUAUUAUUCGAAAGGUAGCACACAAGCUUUUUUUGGAAGAACGAAACGUAAAUUGUCUGAAAAAAAAGAAUAUAAACGCUUUCAUUAUAGUAUGAACCUUCGUAGAGUGAGGGCCAAACUGUAUCAACGUCGGAGCUUCAAAUACAAUGUUUGGCCAUCACUCCUUGAAGGUUCAAACUCCAAUAAACCCACACAUUGUGAAAGUCAAUAUUUAAAUGAACUUCGGUAUGUGUUUAGUUAGCCGUGACACCUAAAAGCCUUUAUAUUCCUUUUUCAGGUUUGUUCUUGAUUUGCUUUUACUAUUUUAUACCUCGAAGGAUGUAGAUCUAUGCACAAUUCUAUUUUGUACGUCUUCUUGUUUACACUUACAAGUAUACAACAACCGGUAUCGCUGAAUAAAGUAGUUCCUCAAAAAGAGAGGUGACAUGAGCGUAUGCGUAUUUGUAGUUUGUUUAGAGUAAAUAUACUCAAAUAAUAUCAUUAUUAGAGGAGAAAGGAUUAUUUAGAACUAACUCAGUUAAUCAGUCAUAGCGAUAGCUCGUCAUAGUACAUUUACAUCAAGUUCAAGACAUCUAAAUGGCCCACAUGAUAUAUGUGACGGGAGAGAUUUCCGAAACUGUAUAAUGAACCUGUGGAAAAUGUAAGUCAUCAUUGAUCAAUUGGUAGCAAAAGGGUGUUCGUCUUUAAUACACUAGACUUAAAGCUGAGAAUAUUCUGUAUGCACAGUAUCUCUGAGCACGGAAAUUAAUUGAGCC